AAAAAACAAAGAAGCUCAACCGCAUUUGCUCUCUACAUCUUCUUGUUACCAUGGGGAAGUUGCUUGCUGUGCUCCUGUUGUCGGUCAUCGCAUUCUCAAUAAUCUCUUCUGGGCUUGGCAAUACGUUGCGUGGUGAGUUGAAUGAGGGGAGGUAUGGGCCAGGGAGCUUGAGGAGUUACCAGUGCCCUGCACAAUGCACAAGGAGGUGCUCAAGGACUCAAUAUCACAAGCCCUGCAUGUUCUUCUGUCAAAAGUGUUGCAGAAAGUGUCUCUGUGUUCCUCCUGGUUUCUAUGGCAACAAGCAAGUUUGUGCCUGUUACAACAAUUGGAAGACAAAGCGUGGAGGACCAAAAUGCCCUUAAGUUAUUAUUUAAUUAGAUUAAUCAACAUGAUGAUUAUGUUGGUGAUUAAUGAUGAUUAUCCCUUGUUGUAGUGUUUUUUGGGGACUAAUAUUUGUUAUAGGUGUGAGUUUUGAGUUGAGGCUGAUGAGACUCGUUUUGCUCGUUUUGAUUGGACUUGGUUGGGUUUCGAAUUAAAAUGUUAAAGGCUUAAUUAGUUGUAUGUGAAGUAAAAUUUGUGGUCA